AUGGAUCGUAGAAGUAGGGGUUUCAAACUGUUGAGUUUAACAAAACAUCCGGCCAACGCUUUGAAGGACAUAACUAACGAUAGCUCUGGAACAUUAACUAGUGAUUCUGUAGAAUUAAACAAGACAAUAAAACUGUUCAGAGAAAAAAAUCAAGACAAUCAUACUGAUACAAAGAGCGCGGAAAAUGAAAAGCGUUUUGCAGAAGAAAACGAGGAACUAAAUGAAGAUAAUGAUGAAGAAGAUGCAACAAAUCAUCCAGAAGAAGUAGAUAAUGAAAACAAUGACCCUACAUAUCAAAUCGACGAUGAUGGGGAACAACAUUCUGAUGAAGAAAAUAAUGAUUCCAGUGAAGAAGUUACACAAAAAAGGAAAAAGAAAAGAUUUUCUAAUCCUGCAGAAUGGAAAUAUAAUACUAAUAAAAUAAAUAGAGAGAAAGGGGUUGAGUAUAUGGGUAGAAAAAAUAACAAAUUCGACAGAAAGAAAACUAAGAGAGUAAUGAAAACGAGAUGCCUGUGUUCAAAUAAACCAUUGAAAACCGGUAAAGAAAUAGCAAUUCAGUGUUACAAGUUGACGGAUGAAGAGCGAAAGUUAAUUUUCGCGAAGUUUUGGUCCCUGUCGUGGCCUGAAAAGAAGAUCUACAUUUCUGCCAAAGUCUUGAAGAAUAAAACGGAAAGGUCGAGGCAUAGAAAGGAUCCGGAAGUUAGCCAAAGGACAACUUCGUAUAAGUAUUUUCAUAAAAAGAAAAGCGAAAAGCUGAUGUUUUGCAAUACGUUAGGACUUUCUAUGAGGACCAUAUCAGCGUGGAUAAAAGAUGAAACGUCUAGCCCAGCCAAAAGUGAAGAACAGAAUAGUGACAAAAAUAUUAAAAAAAAACUUUACGUUUUGAUGAAGAAAAGAUAA